CCCCUGACCCCCCCUGUCCCCUCACAGCUUGCACCCUGCGGAGCGGCCCUGGGCCCAUCCCAGCCUGGCACCAUGAACGUCUUCGACCGGAGCAUCAACUUCGACGCCCUCUUCAAGUUCUCCCACAUGUGAGUGACACCCCCGGGCAGGGAGAACCUGAAGAGGGUCUAUGGCAGCGUCCCUCUGCAGUGUUCGUGGCCGGCCGCGGGCGCCUACGUCAACAUGGUGACCCACCUGUUCCAGUUUGGGCUCCUGACCGGCCUGGGUGCGCUGGGACUGAUGGUUUGGCUCACGGCCACCCCGCACAACCGCGAGACCGAGCAGAAGCGGCUGGGGAUGCUGGUUGCCUUCGCCUUCCUCACAGGCACCAACCUGGGACCCCUCCUGCAAAUGUGCAUCUCUAUCAACCCCAGCAUCAUCCCCACCGCCUUCCUGGGCACUGCCACCAUCUUCGCCUGCUUCUCCCUGAGCGCCCUGUACGCCCGGCGCCGCAGCUACCUCUACCUGGGAGGUUUCCUGCUCUCCGGGCUCUCCCUGCUCCUCCUCUCCUCCCUGGUUAACGCCUUCGUGAGAUCCACCUGGGUCUUCACGGCCAACCUGUACGUGGCUCUGAUGAUCAUGUGCGGCUUCGUGCUCUUCGACACGCAGCUCAUCAUCGAGAAGGCGGAGAACGGGGACAAGGAUUACAUCUGGCACUGCGUGGAUCUCUUCCUCGACUUCGUCAACAUCUUCCGGGAGCUCCUGAUGAUCCUGGGCAUGUCCGAGAACAAGAAGAAGGAGAAGAAGUGAAGCGGCUCCGGGCCGAGGCGGAGCCGUCCCUGUGUCCCCAUGUCCCCUCCUGUCCCUCCCUGUCAUUAAAGGGGCUGUGCUUUGCUGCCCAGGAAGCAGCCGGAAGCUUU